AUAAAUUUUGCCACGAACAACCAAGACAACAGAAUUUUAUACCAGACUAGACAUAUCUCUUUCACGUUUCUUUCAUCCAGAGGAUGUUACGGAAUUCGAAUGCGCCUUAUGUCUGCUGGAGAUGUGCCUCACGAAAGCUCUCACCUAACGUGUUUCCACGGGCGGAUGUGAGGUCUCUGCCAAGAACUAGCUACCCAUCAUGGAAAAGAACUCUGGCAACUGUGCAACAUCCCAUAUCGAAUGGCGGUAGUUCAAAUGCACAAGUACACACAGGAGAGAAAGGUGAGAAGGUAAAGCUUCCUAUCCGAGAACGUCUGUCAAUAUGGGAUGAGGAGAAUCGAGAUGAAGCGAACCCCAUGGUAGAAGACUAUCCAGAAUAUGGCGAGCUAGCCAAUAGCUUUACUCGCCCGCAAAAUGUCUCCAUGGGUACUUUCGAGAUUUCCGAGCCACUUUUUGAUGGGGAUGAAUUGGGCGACUUACGCGCUGAGGAUGCCACUUUGAAUCCUGGAGAUAUGGUUGAGUUGAGCUCCGACGGCUCGAGGAGACCGAUGUUGGCAAUUUGCCUGGGCCGGUAUAAUGGCUAUGAGCACUACUACACAAGCAGUGGAAAGUGGUUCACCGGCCUAGGCGUCAAGACACUUUUCGUCGUUCACAAUUUUGUUCAGCCAAAGGAACUUGAGCCUGUCAUUAAGGAGCUGCCAUCUGGCGACACGCCGGUAGAAACUCUUAACGCCCUCCAAGAUCUCGGCCAUGGUCCUUCAAGGAAAGCAGGAGCCUCACUGCUACGCAAAAUGCUGGGUUUUGUUCAGGAAGCCGAAGCCGUGUACCAGGAGAACGCUGGCACACUAGAUGCGUCUAGCGCCUUCAUUGGUGACCCGGUAAAGCAUCGAUAUCUAACCCUCCACGAGAUUACCGAAUUACUACUUCCUGAGUCCUAUCUAAAAGAUGGGAAAUACGACCAUAGAGCUUUGUAUGCUGUGCACAGGGCUCUAUUCCAGGACGAAGUGUUCUUUAGGCCACUCAGACGAACUGGCCACAAGAGAUCCUACCUCUUCGAAGUGAGCCCGCUGUCUGAGGUACGGGUCAUACAGUGGGUCGAAAUCAUGGUGCGAAGUUACCUAGAAAAGGACGGCGGGCCGGUUACUACCAAGCAAGGUAGCUGGGUCCCACUCCAUGGAUUUAUCGAAAAGGCACGCGAUUUAAUUGAUCAUAGUCGAAAACAUCGACAAUUUACAAAUAGCGGUAUGGUUGGGCCAUGGACGAAACCAUUGUUUAAUUCGCAAUUCGCCACAAAUCAAUGGUCCAAGACGGAGCUAGAAAUAUUACAAUUUAUGGAACUGUGGGCUAGUUACCAGAAAUUUCCAGCCUACUCACGGCUUCAAUGUCUCGGGUCUAGUAUUUUACGAGCGCUUGACAGAUAUCACGAUGCAAAUCAUCUCGCGGUGUCGACGGGCUGGACCUUUCUUCAAGAAAUUGGUUGGAUCCCAUCAUGGGAAAUUCCAGCUCGGUAUGGUUUGCGUUUCCCGGGCGUCGAUAUUCAGCGGGGAGGGAGUUAUAUCCGACCUUACUUCGGCAUGCUCGAUCGCCACUUGAAGGAUGAUGCUCUGGCACCUAUGAGGAAGGUCUGGGAAAACGUGACUGCGUACUGUAUCGACUCUGAGGCUACCGUGGAUAUUGAUGAUGCUGUCUCGAUCGAGCGGACCCCCAAUCCAAGCCAAUACUGGAUCCAUAUUCAUGUAGCCGACCCAGCUUCUUCAAUCCAUGCUGAGACCCCGGUUGCUAAGCACGCCGAAUUGAUCCCACAAACGAUAUACCUAUCUGGCCACUUUGAGCGUAUGCUACCCGAUUCUAUUAGCCAAGGCAGAUUUUCUCUGGCCCCAGGUAGACCUUGCUUGACGUUCAGUGCAUUAAUGGACAAAGAAGGUGUCAUUCUAGAACACAAUAUCACACCGGGGAUCCUGGAGGAUGUCGUCUACAUGACAGGCGAAGAUGUUUCCUCGGCGAUAGAGGGUAAACGAAAUGAUCCUAUUACCACAGAAGAAAAAGCAGAGAUGAGCCUUGGCCCUAUUCCGAAAGCCAAACCGGCACCAAGAAAGAUGACCAGGCCCAAGGAUCUGAGCAAUGACCAGAAGGAGGAAUUAACAUUGCUUUCUGAACUAGGGAGGGCGAUCCAAACAAUACGGCUGAGUAAAGGUGCGACGCCCUUCUUCCAACCACGACCUGAGGCUCAGGCAUAUUUUGAUCAUAUCCCGUGGGAUAAGAAAAAUAACUUAGUGUCCAUUUUGGGGGAUCCCGCGAUUCGCGUGGCAUACUCCCAGCGCACUGCGACUGACCUAGUCGAGCACGCUAUGCGUUUGGCAGGUGAGAUCGCGGCCCGAUGGUGUCAUGAGCGUGGGAUUCCUAUCCCAUUCCGCUCGCAACCCCAUGCUGUGCAGAACGCCGCCCAGGUCCAGCAGUACACUCGUGAUGUCUUUUACCCACUCCUCAAAGCAGGGAUCCGGCCGGACGAUAACCAGUGGCGCCAACUACAUGCUCUCAUAGGAAGCGAUGAGAUUACUACGACGGCUGGACCACACUUCACCCUCGGCGUUGAUAUGUACACUAAGGCGACGUCGCCAUUGCGUCGGUUCUCAGACUUGAUCGUCCACUGGCAGAUCGAGGCAGCCCUUCUCGAAGAGCGCCGUCGUGGGACAAGCCUGAUAGGGAACAAAGAUGAUGACGCUUCGUUCCUCCCUUUCAGCCGCGAGCGGCUGGACCGUAUGCUGCCGAUGAUCCGGGUGCGCGAAAAGCAGGCUCGCGCGUUGGCUAGCGGGGACGGUGGAGACCAGUGGAUCCUGCAGGCGCUGGUGCGAGCGUGGCGAUUUGGCGAGGCCCAGCUCCCCGAGACGUUUCGCUUCAGCGUUGUGCACGUCCACGGGCGCCGGUCUAUCCAAGGACGGCUAGAUUGGUUUGAGCGCUCUGCUAGGCUACGCCCCGACGCCCUCAACGACGUGCUCAAAAUGGCCGAUGCUCGCGUCGGCGACGUGUACGAGGUCAAACUGCAGGAUGUCAAUGUCCAUGCCAAUCAGAUCCUUGUCGAGGUGCUCAGGGUUAUUGAGAAAACCGACGAUAAGAAGAGUGGCGACGAGGAGAGUGGAUUACUGGCUGGGGGUGGAGAGGGGGUGAAGGCGGAGGUCUAAGCGGAGACAAUCGACUAAACUGCAUUUCGGUAUAUGAGGCAAACAUGGAAAGUAUUGACUCGACUCGACGCGAUAUGUAAGAUUGUAUAGAUAACUAGAUCGAUGUGGCGUUGG